CAGAAGAUGACCAAAAAAAUGCACCAGUGUUCUGAAUUUGUAUCUACAAACAUGGAAGUUUCCCUUUCUACAGGCAAAAGUACGUAAGUAAGUCGCGAAAACAAGUUCAGCCCUUAGAUUUAAAACAGCAGCAGCAGAUAUACUGUUCAUCUCUCAUUUAGAUGAGACAAAGCAACACGGGUGAUAGACUUUGACCGCUUUGUCACAGCACAGUGUUUAUUUGAAUCCAAACAAAAUACCCACCAAGUAUGAAGUGGAUCAGAUGAACUGUUGACCAGAGAGACAGACAAACAUACAGAUUGCUUGAGUCAUUAGUGCAAUAAAAUAUAUUUCUUUGACAGCAUCACUUCAUAUAUUUGUUUUCCAGGAUUAAAGAUCUAUUUAAACUGGCAAGGAAUGCAAGCAGGAGAAAUCAUUAACAGCAAAACACGCUACUAGUACAUCUCAGCACUAGUGGUGUCAUGGUUUCAAAGCUGUGCAGUAGAGAAAAGAAUCUAAGGGAUUAUACAGAGGUGACCAAAGUUACAAACAAAUCCAGCUGUACUGGAAAUGUUUUCAGAGGUCCAAACUCUUUGGCUUUCUGCAGAGCAAGUAUGUAAGAAGUAUCCAAGCUAACUUAACUAUAGACAACAUGAGGAAAAAUGCCGCUUCCCAAAGUUUCCUACAAGUAUUUGGUUUAUAUUUAGAGAAGCAAAGGCUCUUCAUCCUGACAAAUGUUCCCUGGUGGAUCUCUGUCCUGUGACAGCGCCACAGUAUAGUGUAUUAGUAUUUAUUAUAUUUAUUAUUGCAUUUUGCACCAAGGGAGUGGCACUCCAAUUUCGUUGUACCCUGUACAAUGACAAUAAAGGCUAUUCUAUUAGUAUAAUCAAAGCCACUUCCCUAACCAAUUUUUAAAGCUAUUUAGCACAUGGACCCAAGUGCAAGUAGCCUCUGUCUGCUGUGUACAAAAGGUUAUAUCAUUAACCACACAGCAGAUACUGCACUACAAUAGUAUCAGCAGUUCACACAAAGUAACACAGUGCUCAGUGUUCUGUAAUAUUAAAGCAGUUGACAGUCUCGACCUUAAGAUUUCUAAGCUAUUUGUUGUAGACCAGGCGGGGACAAUUAACUCGCCAAAGGACCACUAAUUAAGGUUUACUCUUAAUAACAGUAGCAGUUUAUAUGAAUAUAUUGUUUAUGUGUGUUUUGCUUACUGGUGCAGCAACAGUCCCAGUGCUCCUUAGAAAAAUGAACUGCUCGUGCCUGAGCUAACAAUUUCAGUCACACCGAAUGUCUUUUAUUCACAGAGUUAGCUUAGCAACUUAGCUUAGCAAGACUUUAUUUGAAAGUUCAGGACUUUUUGUUCACACUGGCAGCGCAUUCAGCCAAUGAGGUUCAGUUUGGUUCAACGCCCUUUUUGACCCAUGAAACAGCAGAAAAUGAAACAUUGUCAUUUCAACACCCAUUUGUUAGCGUUAGCUGUUCUGCUGUUUUUCAUCAUGUCACAGGUGAAAUAAAAUGAGUACAUUUACUUUGCUUCCUGUAGGAGUGAUCAUGUCAUGUCUGACUGUGACUGUGUAUUACUUAAGAGGAAAGCCAACUUUGGGAUUCCUAAUCAGUCAGCUUUGGAAAAAAAUGUUUAAACUGUGUGUGAACAAAGCUCUUCUUUUUACUCUGGGGAUGGUACACCCUGCACAGUAGUUUUUAGACAAAUGAGGGUAAAAUGAGACAUUAAAGCCUUAAAAGACAAACAACAUUUUCUAAGAAAGCAUUCAGGUUACUAUCUCUGUCAGGGCGUGUGUUUUGUCUCUGCGACUGUCGCAAAUGCUGAUAGGUGCAUUUGAUUUUGUGAUCUCUGCCACAGAGAGCACUGGAAGGCAACCACUGCGUUGUUAAAAGUAGAAAGGUAGUUUAUAAAUGAAUCAUGUAACUAUAACUUUACUACUUUACAGCUCCUUAGUUUGUGAUUGCUAUGAUAUGAACUUCGAUCUCCUGUUAUUCAAUUUUUUUUUUUUUUUUUUUGUUAGUUUGUGUGUUUUUGAAUGUUUUUCUUGAUAACUGUCUGACAUUCACCUCUCACACAGUGGAUACAAUUCUGCCCCUGCAGGAAUAAACUUUGUGGUUAUGAAACCGACCAAGUGUUUGCAUAAAAUGUCACAUGUUCGAAGCCAUCCCAGAACCUGGGGUUUGUAUAAGUGCAGCUGUUGGUGGGGAGAUAAUCUCACUCUUCUAUAUAAAGAGUCACCAGGCAGUAACGUCCAGAUCUUCAUUUGCGAUCUCCUCCAUCAUCAUUUCUUCACUCAUCAGCAGCUAUGGCUUCACUUCACACCCUUCUGGGAGUGGUACUGUGCUCCCUCAUGGUUUCUUCUUCUGAAAUCCUACCUCAGGCAGACUUUGAUUUACAGGCGAUGGCAGGUAAGUGGUACCUGACUGGAAUUUGCUCUAAUGCCCAGUGGUUUGUCAGUCGCAAAGCCAAUAUGAAGACCGGCACAGCCAUAAUUAAGCCAACUGAAGAUGGGGGCAUUGAGUUGUCGUUCUCCAGUCUUACUAAUAAUGGUACAUGUCGGAAAAUGGAGAAUUUAGCCAACAAGACUGAGGUCCCUGGAAAAUUCACAUACAGAAGUCGGUACUGGGGUUAUGUGAGUGACUUGCGUAUGGUUGAUGUGAAGUAUGACGAGUACGGCCUGACCUAUUCCUUCAACACCAGAGGGAAUGAAACCUUUGUUGUUAACAGAUUAUAUGGACGUAGUUUGGACCUCAGCGCUGAGUUGCAGGAGAAGUUCAGGCAGUUCUGCUUGCAGACCAGCAUCCUUCCUGAAAAUAUUGUCCUUCUUCCUAAAAGCGAGGAGUGUCCACUUGACUAACCUUCUGUCCCAUCGAUCGUCUCACCGGUACUGCAUGAAGAUCUUACACCAUCUGUUAUGGAAAUGUGACUGAGCACCAUCUUGAGCAGUUUUUAACAAUAAAAAUGUAAACAUCUAGAA